AUGGAGUCUUCGCCUCCAAGGAGCAGUUCCACUGCUCCUGUGGCAGGUGUGAAGCGUCCCGCGUCCCUGCUGCCUGCUUUCGAGCCAUUGAGCUCUUCACCCUCCCUUCCUCGACCACAGAAGCGUGUGGCACGCGAUAGUCAUGGGAUUGUAUCGAUUUAUCCGACCCCCGUCCCGACCUCAUCGACCCAUAUCAUGUCCUCCUCUCCACCUCGAAUGGCACUGUCCCGGUCCGUCUCGCGGCGUUCUAUUGUCCAGUCCAACUCCGAACGGACGCCCCUAUCCACCGUCCCGACGCUCAUGCUUCCCGAGAGUGGUGAACCCCUGUUGAUGGGAAGGUCUAGUGCAUCGUGUCAUCACCAGCUCCCUGCCAAUCGAAUGAUAUCGAGAGUCCAUGUCAAGGCCACAUACAAGCCAGCCCCUAAUCCCUUCGACCGUGAUAGAGUGGAGAUAAUGUGCAUGGGCUGGAAUGGGGUCAAACUGCUUUGUCAAGGCAAAACAUACGACCUGGCUAAAGGGAAGACUUUCACGUCAGACAUCAAGGAUGCGGAUAUCAUGGUCGAUGUCCACGAUGCUCGUGUGCUCGUGCAGUGGCCACGAAGUGAGAAGAAGGACUAUGCCUCCACAGAUUCAGAGCAAACUUGGGAAGAGACCACACCGAAACGCCAUAGCCAGUCGCGUCGAAGUCUCCGCGAAAGUCCCCUCGCCGAACGUCAACGUCUGGCUUCUCCCGUGUCCCCGUCGCCUGCAGUGCAAUCAAUUGUUCCCCCGUCUUCACCUUUGUUCACCCCCACCCGUUCACGAAACGCGGUGGUUGUAUUCGAGGAUGAAACUUCCCCUGUCCGUCGUAACAAUCCCGCGGUUGUCUCGCCCCCCUGCGUUUCCCAGAGCUUUUCUCACGGAGAGGGUGAUUUGGAGAGCUCGCAAUCCAGUGAUCUGAGUGACCUAAGUAAAUCCGACGACUUCUCGGACCACGAUGAGGAGAAUGAUCCCAUUAUCCACUCCUUUGGUCCCUUCGGCGAAAACCUUCUGCCUCGCAUGGCUUCUUUUUCCGCCGAUGAAUCACCACUCAGAGCUCCCCUUUUGGCUCGCAACGUGGGCUCAUCUCAACCUCUUCAACCUACCCAAUCCCCUCAACAAUUGCCACAACCGUCAGAGCAGAAUGGCGCAGACCGCAAGCCAAAACUGUCCGCUGACAUCUACGAGAGUAUUCAGAACCAUGCGGUCAAUCAGCUGGCCUUCUCUCGUCUGUCCUCCACUCCUUUCUCGACAAUCUUAAACAAUCUGCCACCAGCUUUGUGGAAGCGGGAUGAGCGGUCAAAACAAGGGCCAUCUAACGAUGAGAUCCGCGCCAUCAUUGAUUCCACCAAGUGUAUUGGCAAGGUAGCGCGAAAUGGGAAAGACGCCGCUGGCAAGCCACUUGAGAGUGAAUAUUACUAUAUACCCGACUUUGAUGAAGACGAUAUGCGGCGUGAAGCAGUUGUGAAUGACCUGAGGAAACCAGGUCUCCGCAGCUGCCGGAAGCAACACAAGCAAUACUUUUGGCGCAAGCCGAAAUAA